CGUGCGUGUGACGCAAUUUAGUGGUGGGGAGGGGACCAGAGUAACAGUGGUAGGAAAGAGGAGGAAGCAGGGAUGGCCGAGUCACACCUCUGAAGUGUUCCAAGAGACCAAAUUCUUAGAAUCUCAAUGACCUUUGUAGUCUGAGCUCUCUUCCACCCAGACUGAGUGGGAUUACCUACAGUACAAUCAAGAGCAAUGUGGGCCCUGCCUGCCACUACUGCCACUCCAGUCAAGUCACACUGUCAGAGGAUUUACUUCCCCAUGACGUUCUGAGAAACGAAAAAGAGAAACGAAACAGUUUGGAUCGGCAGGAUUUUUUCCUGAAGGCAGAUGCUUGUAAAUAUGAAGGCCCACGCAGGUAUAUAUUGAGGACAUACGCGAAGGCUGCCUCUCAACCUUCUCCUGCUCCAUGCCCAUUUGUCCCGCCUCCGUCACAUUUCUCUGAGGGGGCAAAAAAUAAAACAAAAUAAACCGUCUGGAGUAACCGCCGGGACGUUACGGACCCAUGAGCGACUCUGCAGGAGGUCCGACAACCACGUCGACGACAUGAGUAGUACUUUAGGCAACAAAGACAAGGACCCGAAAGAGAAGGACCCGAAAGGAGGUCCGGCCACGGGGAAAGAAAGGGAAAAAGAGGCCAAGGCUGCCCUGGCUGGAUUGGGAGGUAAAGAUGUCGGCAAGGAGCCCAAGACCAAAGGUAAAGACGCCAAAGACGGAAAGAAGGAUGCGGGUUCCGCGCCGCCCGCCGUCGCCUUUUCCGUGGACAACACGAUAAAGAGGCCAAAUCCGGCGUCAGGGACGCGGAAAAAGGCCAGCAGUGCAGAGGUGAGCAAAGAGGUCACCAAGUGCCGCGAGGAGAACUCCACACGUCUGGAUCUGUCCAAGCGUUCGAUCCAGUCGCUGCCCACCAGCAUCAAGGACCUCACCCAGCUGGCCGAGCUCUAUCUGUACAGCAACAAGCUCCAGAGUCUCCCCUCAGAAGUGGGCUGUCUAUCCGGCCUGGUCACCCUGGCCCUGAGCGAGAACUCCCUCACCAGUCUGCCGGAGUCGCUGGACUCGCUAAAGAAGCUCCGGAUGCUGGACCUGAGGCACAAUAAACUGAGGGAGAUCCCGGGGGUGGUCUACCGGGUCACGUCGCUCACCACGCUGUACUUGAGGUUCAACCGGAUCACGGCGGUGGAGCGGGACAUCCGGAACCUGGCCAAGUUGACCAUGCUCAGCAUCCGUGAGAACAAGAUCAAACAGCUGCCCGCCGAGAUCGGGGAGCUUUGCAACCUCAUUACCCUGGACGUUGCCCAUAACCAGCUGGAACACCUUCCUAAGGAGAUUGGCAACUGCACACAGAUCACCAACCUUGACCUACAGCACAAUGAGCUACUGGACCUACCAGAAACUAUAGGCAACCUGUCGAGCAUAAACCGCCUGGGUCUGCGCUACAAUAGGUUGUCAGCCAUCCCCAGGUCGCUGGCCAAGUGCAGGGAACUGGAAGAGCUUAACCUGGAGAACAACAACAUCUCUGUGUUGCCGGAGGGUCUUCUGUCAAGUCUGGUAAACCUGACCAGUCUUACCCUGGCGAGGAACUGUUUCCAGUCCUACCCUGUUGGCGGGCCCUCCCAGUUCUCCACCAUCUACUCUCUCAACAUGGAGCACAACCGCAUCAGCAAGAUCCCCUUUGGUAUCUUCUCCAGGGCCAAAGUACUCAGCAAACUCAACAUGAAGGACAACCAGUUGACGUCUCUGCCUCUAGACUUCGGCACGUGGACCAGUAUGGUGGAGCUCAACCUGGCCACCAAUCAGCUGACGAAGAUCCCGGAGGACAUCUGUGGUCUUGUUUCGCUCGAGGUCUUGAUUUUGUCCAACAAUCUUCUGAAGAAGUUGCCCCAUGGUAUUGGUAACUUGAGGAAGCUGCGUGAGCUUGACUUGGAGGAGAAUAAGUUGGAAUCUCUUCCAAAUGAAAUCGCUUACCUGAAAGAUUUACAGAAACUAGUGUUGACCAAUAACCAGCUGACCACGUUGCCCAGAGGGAUCGGCCACCUCACCAACCUGACCCACCUGGGUCUGGGGGAGAACUUACUGCAACACCUGCCUGAGGAGAUCGGUACACUGGAGAACCUGGAGGAGCUGUACCUCAACGACAACCCCAACCUUCACAGCCUCCCAUUCGAGCUGGCCCUGUGCAGCAAGCUGUCCAUCAUGAGCAUUGAGAACUGUCCCCUGAGCCACCUGCCCCCACAGAUCGUCGCCGGAGGCCCCUCCUUUAUCAUCCAGUUCCUGAAGAUGCAGGGGCCGUAUCGUGCCAUGGUCUGAGAGGGCCACAGGUGUGGUCUUGGCUCAAAAAGCCAUGGUCUGAGAGGUGAUCUGACAGACCACGCCCAUGGCCGACAGACCACGCCCAUGGCCGACAGACCACGCCCAUGGCCGACAGACCACGCCCAUGGUAUUAAAGACCACAGCCUAUGUUUUAACAGACCGCGCCCAUGGUAUUAAAGACCACAGCCUAUGUUUUAACAGACCACGCCCAUGGCUGACAGACCACGCCCAUGGCUGACAGACCACGCCCAUGGCCUGAUAUUCUGAUGUGGAUGCCCACCCAGUCAGCCUGUCCUCCCCAACCUGUCUAACUACAUGUCAUACACUGUUUAAAAAAAGAAAUGCGUUAAAAAAAAGACAAAAAAAAAGAACAUAACAACAAUCAAAAUGUACAGAAUGUGAGGAGAAAAAAUGUCCGGUUCAUGCAUUAUCUAUCUAUAUAUCUAUCUUAUAUACGUGAGGAAAAAAUACAAAACAAACAAGGCAAAUCCUAUAUUGAGACUGCUUUAGCGUUUCUGUUCAGGAAGCAUAGCCAUUUAGAUGGCCAACUUCCACUAUAUUUCAUUCCCGAAUUAUGUAAGAAGACAAAUUAAAGGGAAUUCCACUACUUUUCAUUCAUAUAUGGACACCGGGGUUGUGCUGGCGAUUAGAAAUAUGACAUGAAAAAGUGGUUGAAUUCUCCUUUAAUAUACAUCCACCCCCUUUUGCCAAAACUGAUUAUGUAUAUUGGGUGAUUGUCAGCUGACAUUGCUAUAUGAGUCUUUUAACAUAUAAAUCAUAUUCCCAAUGCCAACAUAUUUACAGUAAUUAGGCAUAUGUCUAUAAAAAGAGCUUAGGAUACAAUUGUAUGCAAAACAUAUUUGAAACUUUACUGCUGCUGCCAUAAUCAUGUUGAUUUUAUUUUUGAUUAUUCUUUUUUUUUUACACUCCACUAAAGAUUUUUAUUUGUGUUUUAUAGUGAGGUUUGAGGAUAAAGAACAAAGGUCUAAUGUGGAUGUUUUUAAUUCACAUUAAUACAUAAACUGUGCCUACAUAUCCAGGGUGAUCUGCUGUUUUGUCUGACUAGUAUAACUCAAUUGUCCAUUAAUAUUAUACAAAGGUAUAAUUUAUUUAAAAUAUUUUUCUUUUCUGGAAUUGUUCGAAUAGAUUUUUUUAACAUGUAUUAUAUUAGUUGUAUUUGUUGCAGUCGGGCACAGUUCUAUAGAAGUAUGUGAUAGUUAUCGAUUCUAAUCAAUGGCUUGGUUUGAAAUAAAACAAUUGCAGUAAUCGCUCAAAAGUAAGCCGGUAAUAUGUACAAGAAAUGCAUAAAAAUGUAAUGCUAAAAAAUAGAACCUUUAUCGGACCGACAGUAAUUUUAAUCAUUUUAAUGUUUACUCUGUUUGCUACAUCUUCUGUUUUGGGGCUCUGUAACUGUAAUACAAUGUUGAAAUGAUUGACCGGCCACAACAUAAAGAAAGCUGAAGUAAACGUGUCAGCACAGCCAAUUACUAAUGUCAUGGUUACUGUUAUUAUGGUAUGCCAGAAACAAGAAUCAAACCCCUAUUUGUAAUUUUACAUCCAGUCUCUUACUGCGUUUUAGUCUUUCUUUUGGAUUGCUCAUCCUUUGUCUUCUACUUCUUCUGAAACGGUUUGUGAAGAUCUCUGACAGUGGAAGAGUUGCUCUGCUCAGCUUUUUGUAUUGUCGUUGCUGCUGUUCUUAUGCACUUUUUAAAUGACCUUGGAAUAAUCCUCUUAACAAUGACAACAUCCUAAUCUCCUUGGGGGCAUUUUGUUUCACAGUGAGGUAUUUUAUCAUGUUAAUUUUAUAAUGAUGUGAAAUUGAUAUAAUUGUAGAUUAAUUAUGAUACAAGCUCUGGUUUAAACCUAAACUAGUAAGUCUGUGUCAGGAGUCAAAUUCAGACUAUUUGGAUUUUGUCCCUAUCAAUCGUGAUGGAAAAUUAUUAGUUUGAGCUGUAUGUCUGAUGCUGUUGGUAAGGGAUGUAUUACAGCACCCCAUAUCUUGCUCAUAUGUACAACAAACAAUAAUGCAAUUCAUUGAGUUUCACAUUGUUAAAUUUCACAUUGUUGCAAUUUGUUUUAAUUUUUUAUUAUAAUGUAUAAUAGGUUUGCUCCGUCACGACUGUACAUUACAAAAGGUAUAUCAAACCAAACACCUUGAAGAGGGCGGAGGAGGCUGAGUACUAAAUCAUGACUUUAGAAAAAUAUUUUAUUUUAAUCAAGUGUUGGUCAAUGUUUUUUGGCAGCAGCUGGUGGUUGACAUGUUGGGUGUGGACUGGUAAUGGGAAAACCAAGGCCUGGGCAGAGCACACACCCAGAAAAAAUAUACCGCUGCUUCUAAUCCUACCAGCAAAACCUGUUGCUGCUUCAGUGUGAAACUUUUCUGAAACAUGCUGUAAAAUAUUGAUGGUGGGGGGGGUGAAAAGUGAUUUAUUCUAAACAACAUUGAUACAGACUUAACAGAACACUUGUAAAGUAGCCUGGCUGGGACAAAUCCAUUGACCUCCGAUCCUUGACCUCACUCUCGAGGUUGCAGGAGUUCAGAGCGUCUGGUGGUUUUCAAACAGAUCAAAUUGUUUGGACCGACGAACAACACGGAAAAAACUAAGGUGCAUAUUUGAGCCUAUAGCGUAGUAGUUAGUUACAACACAAAUACUUUUUUUUGAAAAGACAAAAAAAUGUUAAAAGGGCUUUCUUCUUGUUCUCUAUGUACACGCUCAAACUAUACCACCAGAGACAACGCAUUCCCGGUUUUAUAUUUUAAAAAAAGCCUCGGAGGAAAUGGACAAAACAAAUGUAUUUCUUUUUUGUUUGUGUUAUUGCGUUUAUAGAUGUAAACAAAAUGGAACAGUUGUGAAAAUGCCUUCAGUGAGUACAUAAGUGAGAUGUGCAUUAGGGUAUGCAGCCUGAAAAAUGCUGUUAUCCCAUAUAAUCUUAAGUCUGUUUUUGUUAAAGAACAUUCUGUGCCAUUUGCAAGUGAGGGGUAAUUGACACUGAUAGUAUAUAUAGGUAACCUGGGACCUGUCAGUCUUAAUCGUUCAGUAAGGCAUUUAUCAAAAACAAGGAAUGUAAGUUGAACAUGCUUUUGGAAUAAUGGUUAUGACUUUGUCUAGGUUCAGUGUGUUGAGAGUGGUCAUGUUUUGGUCUCAUAUCUGACGGUGAAUAUAUGAGGCGGUGUUUGCGAGCAUCGAGAGGGCUUGGAGAUGACUAGUAGGUGUUUUUAUUUUUUAUAGUCUUUGAUUUUAGGUCAUAAUGUGUAAGAAUCAUGGUAAAUUUGAUCCUUUUUUUAAUAUUUUUUUUUUAUCUUGUUUUAAAUUGUAGAAACGUAUUGUCUCAAUCCCUUUUCUUGCCUGGCUUAGUUGUAUAGGUUACCAAGCUUGUUGAAGAAUAAUUUAACAUGAAGACUUUUUGUCUGGGUCGGAACUAGGGGCAUCGAUUUGUUGUAAAAAGACAAGAUAAUGUGGCUAAUAUUUGGUAUCUGCAACAAAAAAAAAAUAUAUAUAUAUCCAUUGCGAAUAGUAUCUGAAGCAUUGUGCAGCCUACAAUGCUUAACCUACCUAUUCUUUGACAAGCAGCCUUAACUGUUUAUCUUUGUUUUGUUACUAUAGUCUGUGACUGUACCUACCAUGUUAUAUCCAGUAGUUGACUGGUCUGUAAACUGUCAUUUCUGGUUUUUGCUUUCUUGCUCUGUACAUGCUUAUUUUCACCUGGCCUGAUCAGUGAAUGACAGUUCUUACUUGAUCAUGAUCUAGCCUGGUAUCCAAAUGGAGGUCUGUACUACUAUUCUGGAAUGCUUAACUAGUGAUCAAUGGUGAGACAGUAGCACUUCAUUUAGAUUCCAGGCUAGCUACUAGGUUACCCCAAGCAGUCCCUAAACCAUACAGACCUGCCCAGGCUAAGCCCUAAAUUUCCCCACAUCCCCACCUUCUCCUCAACUUCCAGUCGAUGGUUGCUCACAUGGCUAGUUUUUAAUCAUAUAAGACAGAUAAUCAGUUGUGAUAUAAAUUAGAUGAAACAUUUCCUGGCCUUUAAGUGACCGGUCUCUUGACCAGGAAGAACUCCUGUCUUUAGUUACAGCCAAUAAUAACUCGGGCUCUGAGUUUUCUCCCUGAUCUCUUCACCUCAAGGUCAGGAAAAACUCCCUGACGCUCAUCAUGACAAAAGAGCUGACGGUUUAAUGGUCAGAAAUUAGACGGAUCAUCUUAUUUUCUACUACUAGAACACAGUUCUUUGUUGAAAGAUUCCUUUUGUCUCUGUUCAAAUAUGUGAGUCCAGUAUAUGCAGACAUGGCUACCUCAAUGUGAGUCUGCAUUUCUGACUGUCAUGGCCACUACCGUCCAAGUUCAGGAGUAUCAAACACAAAUGUGCUAAAAGAUAUUGUGGCAGGGGGGGUAAAAUAAUAUUUUUCUCAAACUUUUGGCGCUGGGUGACAGUUCCCAUAAUUUUUUUUCCCCCUGAACAUCUGCUGUUCUUUUCUGAGAUGCUUAUUCUAAUUAUUACUUGGCAAAUUAAAAGAUAAAUUAUUUGUUUGCUUGGUUGUAAAUUUCCCACUUAUUAAUCGAAGCCUAUUGUAAAGAAUAUGAUUCAGACACCUGCUAAAAAGUUUGCAAAAUAAUUACUUUUUGCAAAAUAUUUGAAAAAUUGGUCAUGCUUGGUGACGUUCUGUAUGUACAUAUAUCUUUUAACUGUAAUAAACCUAUAGAAAUUU